GUGACGUCUACACAACUCCACACAGCUAGAGAGAGAGAGAGCAUAUGUGCCGUGCCCUUCAUUCUCAUUUCGUAUUUAAUAAUAAGAGGAUAAAAAGAAAAUGAUUCGGUGCUUCGCGCGUGCCCCUUUCAUCGCCACCGUCCAUUUCGCAUCUCCACCAUCCAUCACCAUCUCCGCAUCUCAUUCUCCCGCCUCGUCAGUAUCAGCAUCCAGAAGAGAAAUAUCUCUAUCCAUUAUCGCCGUCUCCUCCGGUUACUUCUCUUCUCCGGCACGAGCUGAGUUCUCUGAAAUCCCUAACUCCGGCGGAGUUAAGAGUCUCGACCUCCGAAUCGGCGACGGUGAAGUCCCCAUCGAAGGAGAUCAGGUUGCAAUACAUUACUAUGGGAGAUUAGCUGCGAAGCAAGGAUGGAGAUUUGAUUCAACGUAUGAUCAUAAAGACAGUAGUGGAGACUCUGUUCCUUUUACAUUCAUCCUUGGUUCUACCAAUGUUAUUCCGGGGAUCGAAACAGCUGUGAGGUCGAUGAAAGUAGGAGGGAUUCGUCGGGUGGUUAUACCUCCGUCUCAAGGCUACCAGAACACAUCACAAGAACCUCUCCCACCAAAUUUCUUUGACAGACAAAGACUCUUCACGACUAUCUUUAACCCAACACGCCUUGCCAAUGGUGAAGGCUCUACUCUUGGAACCCUCGUUUUCGAUAUCGAACUCGUCAGUACCAGACGCCCUAACCGAUGAUUCAUACAGCCAGCCAUUCAUUCUCUUCGGUUGUUUCUUGCUGGACAAGAUAUCAUAAAACAUAAAAUUAAAAUUAAACAAAAUAUUUAAUAAGCAUUUGGAUAUAGUUAGUUGUAUCUCGAUGUGCACCUCGGUCCCAAUCUAUGAUUAUAGUAUUAUCCACUUGAACAUUA